AUGGGAAAGGAAAAGGUUCAUAUUAACAUCGUUGUCAUCGGACACGUCGACUCCGGAAAGUCCACCACCACCGGACACUUGAUCUACAAGUGCGGAGGAAUCGACAAGCGUACCAUCGAGAAGUUCGAGAAGGAGGCUCAGGAAAUGGGAAAGGGAUCUUUCAAGUACGCCUGGGUGCUCGACAAGCUGAAGGCCGAGCGUGAGCGUGGUAUCACCAUCGACAUCGCCCUCUGGAAGUUCGAGACUGCCAAGUACUACAUUACCAUCAUUGAUGCCCCAGGACAUCGUGAUUUCAUCAAGAACAUGAUCACCGGUUAGUUUAGGAAGAUUUCAGGUGUAGGGUUGGGUUAGGGCUUUCUAGCUGUUCAGAACUACCCUUUCGGCUACAGUAAGAAACUGUUUGACUUUCAGGAACUUCCCAGGCUGAUUGCGCCGUCUUGGUCGUCGCCUGCGGAACUGGAGAGUUCGAGGCCGGAAUCUCCAAGAACGGACAAACCCGCGAGCACGCUCUCCUCGCCCAAACCCUCGGAGUCAAACAGCUCAUCGUUGCCUGCAACAAGAUGGACUCCACCGAGCCACCAUUCUCUGAGUCCCGCUUCACCGAGAUCACCAACGAGGUCUCUGGAUUCAUCAAGAAGAUCGGAUACAACCCGAAGGCCGUUCCGUUCGUCCCAAUCUCUGGAUUUAACGGAGACAACAUGCUUGAGCCAUCCAGCAACAUGCCGUGGUUCAAGGGAUGGGCUGUUGAGCGCAAGGAAGGAAACGCCAGCGGAAAGACCCUUCUCGAGGCUCUUGACUCCAUCAUUCCACCACAGCGCCCAACCGACCGUCCGCUUCGUCUCCCACUCCAGGACGUGUACAAGAUCGGAGGAAUCGGAACCGUCCCAGUCGGACGUGUCGAGACCGGAAUCAUCAAGCCGGGAAUGGUCGUCACCUUCGCCCCACAGAAUGUGACCACUGAAGUCAAGUCCGUCGAGAUGCACCACGAGUCUCUCCCAGAGGCUAUGCCAGGAGACAACGUUGGAUUCAACGUCAAGAAUGUCUCCGUUAAGGACAUCCGUCGUGGAUCCGUCUGCUCUGACUCCAAGCAGGACCCAGCCAAGGAGGCCCGCACCUUCCACGCCCAGGUCAUCAUCAUGAACCACCCAGGACAGAUCGCUGCUGGAUACACUCCAGUUCUCGAUUGCCACACCGCUCACAUCGCCUGCAAGUUCAACGAGCUUAAGGAGAAGGUAAACACUACAUACAGAGUCUUCAGAACCUCAACGAUUAUUUCCAGGUCGAUCGCCGUACCGGUAAGAAGGUCGAGGACUUCCCGAAGUUCCUCAAGUCCGGAGACGCCGGAAUCGUCGAGCUUAUCCCAACCAAGCCACUCUGCGUCGAAUCCUUCACCGACUACGCUCCACUUGGACGUUUCGCCGUUCGUGAUAUGCGUCAGACCGUUGCUGUCGGAGUCAUCAAGUCGGUCGAGAAGUCUGAUGGAUCAUCCGGAAAGGUCACCAAGUCCGCCCAGAAGGCUGGAGCCCCAGCUGGAAAGAAGAAGUAA